AUGGAACAAAUUAGGCGUAUCAGAGAUAUACUUGGGAGACUUAAUUUCAGUCCUGAUUGUGAGGUUCGUGCAAGUGAGCUAAAAGAGAUACAGCAGUAUGUAGUAUACUAUUAUUAUAACCAUGGUCUUGCCCUAACACCAGCUUUGGAUUUCUAUCGAGAAGCGCUCAAUAGUAUCCGUGAUGACUUAGAGAGCAAGGGAAAUUCUGCAGGUAUUGCUGCUGUUGAUGCAGCCCUUGAAGCAUUGAAAGCUCUGUCAGAUCUUGUGGAAGGCGAGAUUCCUGAUUCUACUUCCGAUCUCUCUGGAUAUCGUUGCUUUGAAAGCCGCUUCGGAACCUUUCUUAACUAUUUCCACAGUAUUGAUGAUUUGCAUGAAAAAUUUCCGAAACUAUUUCGAGAAUUUAAAAAUGCAGUUGAGAAAAUGUUUCCAUACAUUGAAGACUUGGAUACUCAAGGAUAUUCUACGGUGAGGGAACCAACACUAGUAAUGUCUUUGAGGGCAGUCUUCCUUGGCCUCAUAGAAGAAAACUACCGCGGUGAGGAAGGCAAUCAUAAUAAUUGGCCUAAUUGUUGCCUAAGGAUCUUUGGAAGGACGGUAAAUAUCCUAGGUCUUUAUAUUCUUGAUAAGUAUUUUCAUGAUAUUGUUAACAAUAAUACUUUUUUUGAGUGCUUAAGCGAAAUUCUACAAGAAUUAACUACUUUAGAAAAAGCAGUUGGCAGACGCAUGUUUCCUAAUGGCCAAGGAGCGCGAAUACGAGAUGCACUUCAUGAUAUCUUAGACUCUUUGGAUUCCCUUUUUGAGAAGUUUCGGAAUCUUAGAAUAGCAUAUGACCAAGCCGUUGUUGAUAUUGGGGAAAAUGGGGCAUUAUUUGGUCCCAAGUUCGAUGAACUUAAUCAAAUGCUGGGCAAAGUCAACAAGGGUCUACCCGAUCUAAGGUACAGGAUCGAUAGACUUGAGAAGAUCCUCUGUCCUUCUUUCUUGGGAUUUGGGUUCUAUGAGUUCUUGUGUAUUGUGUUUAUAGGGAGUCUGGCAAUUUUCUUGUACCUUGGGGAGGAGGACACCACAGCGGCGAGGUCCUGGAACACCGGGGUGUAUCUACUUGCAGUGGUCGGGGGUAUUGCAUACCAGGCGUGGAGACUGGCAACGAGGUACCGCGACGACGGGGUGAUUGAGAUGCUGAGGGAGGAGUGGACUGCAGCUGGGUGCAUUGUGCCAAUGGCCGCGGCGCUGCUUCAUGGCGGCGUGAUCAGGAGUAGCGUGUACAGCAUGACGGUAGUGGGGAUCGUGGCUGCCGCGGUGUGUGUGCAGGGCCUUGCGUCGCGAAAGAUGCCCACGAGGCAGAUGUGCAUGGUUGCUGGCGGGAUUCUGGGGCUGGGGGCUCUGUGUGCUGCCGGAGACAGGAAGAUGCUUCUGGACAGCUAUGAGUGGCGCCGGUGGAUGUGCGCCGGGGUUGUUGUGUUUGCAGCUCUGGCACUUCUUAUGUUGUAUGCCGAUGCCCCUGGAGAUGAAGAGAAGACUGCUAAAGGAGCUGGGGAGAUAGUGUUUCUGAUGAGUAUGGCGGUUUUGACUGGAGUGUCGCUGGUGUGUGGACGCGACUACUGUAUGGUGUACGGGGGAGGGGUGCCAAGGAAGUUUUUGCAGACUAAAUGA